AUGUCGCUUGAGCUAGCAAAGGCAAAAAAACCUUUUACUGAUGGCAAUUUAAUUGAAAAGUGUGCCGUUGAAAUGGCCAAAGCUUUUGAAGAUUCUAAAAUGGCGGAGAAAUUUCAAUCAGUGCCACUUUCUCAUCAAACCAUACAAAGAAGGAUAGUUGCUAUGGGUGAGCAAGUAGAAAAGUCUUUGCCUAGCCUAGUUAAAAAAAGUUCAUAUUUCUCACUUUGUCUGGAUGAAAGCACUGAUCAAUCAGAUGUUAGUCAGCUCCUAAUAUUUGUGCGGACUACUUUUGACGAUUUUAAAGAGGAGUUAUUUGAUAUCUGCCCUCUUUAUGGAACGACUAAAGGAAAAGACAUCUAUGAGGCUGUGAAGAAAGCAGUUGAUAGAAUUGGAGGUUUCGAUAAAUGUUUAGCAAUAGCAACAGACGGGGCCCCAUCAAUGACAGAUUGGCAACGAUCCCAAGUACUCCUCGAAGCUGUAUUUGACAGAAUUGGAAUGGAAGAACGUACUGAAAGUAAUGAUUUGGCUGCCACAGUCGCCCUCAACCCGAUUGAGUUGUUGUGA